AUCAUGUUUAAUAUAUAGUUUUUUUAAAUAGUAGAUAAUUGAAUCACCAUUUGUCCAAAUUUGUUCAUGUUGUAGAUUGGUGUGAAUCACCAUGUGAAUUAUUAUAUAUGGAAAUCUGAAUGGAGUAAAUUUCUUAUCUUUUUGUGUUAUUUCAAUUCUUGCCUUUAUAUAUUCUGCACAUGGAUCCCAUUUCAAAAAAAUAUUCUGCACACGGAUUGUAUUGGAAUAGAAUCAAACAUGGGAGAUAGGCGACCCCUGCACUUCAAUUUCUUCUCUUCUCUGAAGCAGGUUGAGAAGAGAUUGAAACUAGAAUACCCAUCUGAACAAUCGACUCCAUCACAAUCACCAUUGGUAGAAAGCAACAGGUUAUUAACAGAAUCAUUAAGCUCACCCAUAUACCUUGAUUUGGAUCCCUCCAACAACAACAACCAUUACAGUUCUAGCACACUCCAAGACAGUAGUGAAGCCCCUGAAGUAUUCCUCUCAUGCUCUCCACAGUUUAUACCAACCCAAGAGAACCCAACUCAGCCAAAUGCCCUGAAUGACCCUAAAACUAUCAAUGACACUGAAGGUGAAGCCAUCGUCGAUGAUAUUGAACGGUUGAUUCAACUCUUGGGUUUGUCAAGUUGCCAGGAAAAAGAUGAAGAAAAGGCUGGUUUGGAGUUGAAGUGUGGAGGUAGUGAAAAUGGGGGCAAUUCUUGUCAUUGUGAAGGCGGGUUUUAUGAGAAGAUUGUUGGGGUGAAGGGGCCAAAGUGUGGGAGAGAAGUGGAGAGGUUGGAGGGUUGGAUUAACUACUUUUUGAAUGGUAAUGGGGAGGGAAAGAUUGAGCCUUUCAGGCUGGCACAUUUGCUUUUGAGUAAAGCUGCUUUUGUCUCUGAGGGUGCUGAUCAUGGUUUUGGAGACUUGGACUUCCCUUCAACGAUUGGGGAUUUUCUGCGCAAUGAUCCUCCAACAGAGUAAUAUGGCACAAGAUCUAUUUGUUGUUAUUGUUUCUCUUAAAAGAUGGUGCUUCAUAAUUUCAUGUAUCAGCUUGAUGUAAGCUUCAAAAGAGCAGACAACACCUCAUUCAUUAUAGGUCGCUGCUCGGGAUUUUGGUUGGUGCAAAACAAGGCUAGCUUGAGCAGCUCUUCUGCAUUUGCCACCUGUUCCUCGGAGAUAUUUAAAGUUAGCAUCGGG